UAAAAAGGAAAACUCUCUUCAAUUCAAAAGAACUUUUACACGUCUCUUUCCUUUUGUUUAUUAAUUUUGUUUUUUUAAAAGAGAAAUUGCAUAUUCCAGAAUCAUAUAUUCAUCUCUUUUCAUAUCCAAAUUCCAAACAGAGCCUUCGCUCGCUAACAAAAUCUAUUUCGGUUCGUCUCGCUCGCUCGCCUUCUUCUUGCCGCCUGUGACUUCCGUUCGCUUCUGCUGUUUGAGCUCUCGCUUGUUGCUUGUGUACAGGGAGAGAUACAAGCCUCCGGUUUUGGUUAUAGGGAGCAGAAAGAGAUACGUAAUUUAACAGAGAAGCGAGAUGGAAGAUGAAGAAGGAAGAGGAGUUGAGAAGAAGAUAACUAUUGGAGUCUGUGUGAUGGAAAAGAAGGUGAAAUGCGGAUUUGAGGUAUCCUCGGCUCCAAUGGGACGAAUUAUGGAGAGAUUAGAGGCUUUUGGUGAAUUUGAGAUUAUACAUUUUGGCGAUAAAGUCAUUCUCGAAGAUCCAAUUGAGAGCUGGCCGAUAUGUGAUUGCUUGAUUGCCUUCCAUUCCAGUGGCUAUCCCCUUGAAAAGGCUGAAGCAUAUGCUGCUCUAAGGAAGCCUUAUCUGGUUAAUGACUUAGAGCCACAACAUCUUCUUCAUGACCGAAGGAAAGUAUACCAGCGCCUUGAAAUGUUUGGAAUCCCUGUUCCAAGAUAUGCCCUUGUCAAUAGAGAAUUUCCAUAUCAAGAACUGGAUUGUUUUGUUGAGGAAGAAGAUUUUGUCGAGGUUCAUGGUAAUCGUUUUUGGAAGCCAUUUGUGGAGAAGCCUAUUGAUGGGGAUGAUCAUAGUAUCAUGAUAUAUUAUCCCAGUUCGGCAGGUGGUGGUAUGAAAGAAUUAUUUAGAAAGGUUGGGAAUCGGUCUAGUGAGUUCCACCCAGAGGUUAGAAGAGUGAGGCGUGAAGGCUCUUAUAUAUAUGAAGAAUUUAUGCCAACAGGAGGAACAGAUGUCAAGGUAUAUACUGUUGGCCCUGAAUAUGCACAUGCUGAGGCAAGGAAGUCUCCUGUUGUUGAUGGUGUCGUUAUGAGAAACCCUGACGGCAAGGAAGUGAGGUAUCCUGUGUUGCUGACACCUAAUGAGAAGCAAAUGGCAAGAGAAGUUUGCUUGGCGUUUAGGCAAGCGGUUUGUGGGUUUGAUCUCUUGCGUUGUGAAGGACGGUCAUAUGUAUGUGAUGUGAAUGGAUGGAGUUUUGUGAAAAAUUCCUACAAAUACUAUGAUGAUGCUGCUUGUGUAUUAAGGAAGAUGUUCUUAGAUGCCAAAGCUCCUCACCUUUCAUCAGUAAUUCCACCCACUUUACCAUGGAAAGUCAAUGAACCAGUACAGCCUUCUGAGGGACUAACUCGUCAGGGAAGUGGGAUUAUUGGUGCAUUUGGGCAGUCAGAGGAGUUACGCUGUGUAAUAGCAAUCAUUCGCCAUGGUGAUAGAACUCCAAAACAGAAGGUGAAGUUAAAGGUUACUGAGGAAAAGCUAUUAAACCUGAUGUUGAAAUACAAUGGGGGACGACCUAGAUCUGAAACGAAACUUAAAAGUGCAAUUCAGUUGCAAGAUCUGUUGGAUGCCACACGAAUGCUUGUACCACGGACAAG